AUGGCACACCCUAUCCGAAAAUUGACUCAGACCGGCUAUCCUUACGAUCAACCAGACCUAGAGACAGUUAGAGAGAACCUUCCAAUCUUUAUUACCGACGAGCCCGAACAAAUUGUUGACGCCUUCGAAACCGGCCUGGAAUCUCUAUCUCAGCCAUCCUCGACAGCGAUAGUGCAGGAGACGGCACAAACACUGGUUGCCGAAAUUAAAAGAAUCUUGUCCCCUGCGGCGGACGAGAAUGAGCGAACAUUUUUCCUGGAGAGGUUAUCCUCGCUCUUGAUGCGCAUCGCGCGGUCAGUUCCAAGUCGACAUAUUGGCCAGGAACUGCUUGUCGAGACUGUCAAGUUGAUUAAAUCCUCCCCGGAGGAGACAUGGCGUGAUGGAUGGCUAAGCGCACUGGGGAUGAAAAUGCGGGACCAUUGGAGUGGGUUCAAGUUGGAAGACGGGCAAGACGAAGAUGACGUCCAGACCCCCGAUGAGUGGCUCAACCUUAAUUCCUACAGUGCUCGUUUGUUAGGAUCUGGGGUAACACGAUGGUACAACUUUGCUAUAUGGGAGCUGAGAGAAGGCCUGGAAACGAAGCUGGGGCCCGACUCACACGAAAACGACUGCAAGAUCGCCGUGGCUAGCGAGUGGAUCAUUCAAGCCGGGCCGAAGCUUCUUCGAGAGACCCUACUAAAUGAAGAUAUUAGUGAGGCAGAGAAGACGGCUCUCGUUGGACAUGAGUUGUGGACUGGUAUGCCAGGGCUGAGCACUGAGAGAUGGGGAUUUUGGAAGCGUCGUCUUGCUGAACUCAAGCCGAGUGUCAAAACCCAGCCUGCAUUAGAUUAUUUGGAGCACGCACAGCGGGUGAUGACGGCUGUUGAGAAAGACUUGGCUUCAUCGAUAUCAUGA